AUGAGCAACCUUGAUCUAGAGAAGAAACCAAGCGUCAAGCCCGGGUCCAGCGACACCUCGUCUGGAUGCGACGAUGCCGACGCGAUUCGACUUGCUGAGAUGGGCUACUCACAGGACCUGCAGCGCAAUUUUGGUGUGAUAUCUCUCAUUGGUAUUGCGUUUUGUAUGUCGAAUUCAUGGUUUGGUAUUUCGGCGUCCUUAGUCACGGGGAUCAACUCUGGCGGCACAGUCCUCAUCGUUUACGGUCUGCUGUGGAUCACUUUCAUUUCCAUGUGUGUUGCGUCGUCGCUCUCGGAGCUUGCCAGUGCCAUGCCAAACGCUGGAGGCCAAUACUUCUGGGCUAAUGAACUGGCACCCAAAAAGUACGCUCGGUUUGCGUCCUAUGUCACGGGCUGGUUUGGCUACGCAGGGGCUAUUUUCGCCUGUGCCAGUGUCGCGCUGAGUCUUGGGUCUGCUGGUGUCGGCAUGUGGCAGCUUGGUCAUCCUGAAUUUACGGUUAAGCCAUGGCAUGUGGUUGUGGCUUAUGAGAUUAUCAACUUCUUCUGCUACCUAUUCAACUGCUUCGGGAAAUCGCUGCCUCUCGUAGCGAAGGCGACUCUGUACAUCUCAUUGAUCUCCUUCCUGGUGAUCUUGGUGACGGUCCCUGCUUGUGCUAAGACUCAUCCCAGUGCAUCAUACGUCUUUGGCCACUUUGUCAAUUCCACAGGAUGGAAGCAGGACGGCAUUGCAUUUAUCGUUGGCCUGAUCAACCCGAACUGGAUCUUCGCCUGCUUGGACUCCGCAACACACUUGGCGGAGGAGGUACCUCAUCCCGAGAAGAAUAUCCCGAUUGCGAUCAUGGCCACUGUAGUGAUCGGCUUCGUCACUUCCUGGACCUAUUGCAUCGCCAUGUUCUUUGGACUCAACGACCUGAACAAACUUUUGAGCACGGCAACCGGAGUUCCCAUCCUGGAGCUUUACUACCAGGCUCUCCAGAACAAGGCUGGCGCUAUUGUCCUGGAGACCUUGUUGCUUGUUACAGGCAUGGGAUGUCUGAUUGCCUGCCAUACAUGGCAAUCCCGUCUUGCCUGGGCGUUUGCACGCGACCGCGGUUUGCCAGGCCACAAGUGGCUUGCUCAAGUCAACAAGACUCUGGACGUGCCACUGAUGGCACACACUGUGAGCUGUUUCAUCGUUGCCGUAUUGGGUCUGCUUUAUCUAGGUUCGUCUACUGCGUUCAACAGCAUGGUGACGGCAUGCAUCACAUUGCUGUAUCUUUCGUACUCGUGUCCGAUUCUCUGCCUCUGGUACCGUGGCCGCAAUAACAUCAAGCGUGGACCAUUCUGGCUGGGUAAAUGGGGCCUCGCGGCCAACAUUGUCACCAUCGCUUGGACUGUUUUCUGCCUGGUCAUGUACUCCUUCCCAGCGACCAUGCCAGUCACAACAGGGAAUAUGAAUUAUGUCUCUGCAGUGUAUGGUGUCGUCGUCGUCAUUGUCCUGAUGGAUUGGUUCGCUCGAGGCAGACGAUCUUUCCGAGGCAGCCAAAGCUGUUUGGAGGAUGCAGUGGCAUCGGAAACAGAAACAGAGCACUAA